AUGUCCCAAUCCACAGGCUUUCCUAUCCUCCGUCCCGCCUAUAUUCUCAAGUUUGAGGUCGGUCAAGGCCAGCCAGUCGGGCCCACCUCCUCCGGCUCCACCUUUAUUCACUACACUUCUCCGGGCGGUACGAUUACCACAGUCGAAGGAUUUUCUCCCCGCAUCAACGCACAGGUGGUUGUCGCCGGGGACUGGUUGUACUUCGAUCCCGAUCAGCAACACACGCGAAUGAACGUUCACGGAAUAGCGAGAACUACCGAAGAUGAGGGAAUUAAGUUCAACUAUUCGGGCGUCUCUACUGUCUCCGAGGACUUGGCAGCUAUAUUCCAGGGUCAGCCGAAGACGGUUGCUUUUGGACAGUCGACGAUGAGCAUGGCUUUCGAAGUGGGCUCGCCUCGAAUCAAGGCACUGGAGAAUAGCAACUGGGUGGGCAAUGGCCGGUUCAAGUUGGAGGGAGAUAAGCUCUGGGUCGAAGUGCGCAUUGCCCAGGUGGUGGCCAGCCAGGAUAUGGAUUGA